AGCACCGCGUGCGUGCUUCGUAAGAUUGCGACACUUGCUGAAAAGACGUGGAAGGAAAUAGGCACGCUGGAGCAAAAAAAACUCUGCGAACCACCAACAUCUAAGACAUCAAGAAACAGGGACAAAUCACAAGAAUAUAUCACCAUAACGAUGGCUUGGUACGCAAAUACCAUUAGCGUCCUCUUGACAAUAAUGUUGGUACUUCAUGGCGUAGGGGCUGAGGUUACUGAGGAUUCCAUGGCAGUAGAUUCUACCACCGUUUUGACGACUGUCGUGGUCACCGAAGUUGUCACAGAGUUGGUGACAGAAGCCACUGAAGUUGUCACAGAAUUGGAGACGAUGGCCACCGACCUUACGACAGAAACGGCAGUGGCGACCACUGCUGCUGUCGACACCACGGCCGUUGCCACCACGGCCGUUGUCACCACGGCCUUUGCCACCACGGCAGCAGAGAGCUUGACGACUGUUGCGUCUGCGAGUGAUAUCGAGGCUUAUGGAUUGUCCGUCACAAGCCCCGACAAUCUGAUCUUUGACCUGGAUGUGGACAACAUCGUCUCCUACUCAAUCGUUGUCCGCAACGCCGGGGGUACGGACAUCGCCGCCCGAUCCUCAGGCGACAACUUCGCGCUAACCUUCCUCAUCAGUAGUCACGCCGACCCGACGGACGUGGACGCAACAACGGUGGAGUUUGUAGCCGAGACGUCCAGUGCGGAAAACCUGCAGGCCGGUAUAACGGCUGGUUCAACGGUUACCAUCACAGGCGCUAACGCUAUGAUCAACAUUCCCUCAGCCAGCUGUAGCACCUAUCUAUACACCUGCGUGCAGGUGUCCAAGGCGUCGGGAGCCAGUUAUGAUGACUCGGUUGCUACCAAUAACUACUACUGUCUGGCCUUUGGAGAUACAGCUGAGAACCUGGCUGGACUGGUACCCUGCUCAGGCUGCGCAAUAAAGGUCAGCAUCACUCUUCUUCUACUCGCCGCUAUCGCCUCUCAGCUCCUCUCGUAGUGUCUGCAUUGCCGUCUCCACAAAAUACCAGAGGAGAAGUACUUUUCUAACCAAAAGUGAAAGACUCUUUGUUGAGAUAUCAUGUACCGCGAAUCCCCCGUGGACAUCAUGGAUAGGACGCCACCGAAUUCGACCGAAGAUGUCCAGACGGAAUUGCGCGCCCUUUUAACCAGAUCAGAGUCAGUGAUCGGACUGUCUGACUGACCUGGAUUACUAGGAGUUUGCUGUCGUCUUCAGGCGCCUCAAUUUAAAGUCUUACUUGUGUGAAACAAUUCAAUAUAUGGCUACAUAAAAGUUCAAGGACCUAAAAUUAUUGCCAACGCUGGAGGUCGCUCAACUCUUGUUGGCCAUCAAGAUCGAACCGUACACAUUGCAGUAAGUUUUGAUAGUCAGUUGAUAUAUCAAGGAUUAUGUUACAUACAGGAUGCAUAUUAAAACAGUGCUUUGUUAAGCUUAUUCAUUCGCCCCAAAGUCGUUGCCAUUAGGAGAGCGCCCUCCAGCAUUAAACAGCGAAGGCCCCAUUCAGCUGUCAUAAAAGUAUGCACACAAUAACUCGUAUGGAACGCCAAGUGUACAGACUUCUGAUUGGUACGUCCACAUUAAAAACCAAAAAGCUUCUGUUUUUAUGUGCUGACGACUUUGGCAAAGUCUAUCUUUUUGUGACGUACAAGCUAAAUGUAAUAAACCGAUUUCUUCCAAAGAAUAUUACUUUUUUUCAAUCUUUAACUUUGCCGUCGCUCCAAAAGAAAGCAAGAAAAACCCAGAAAUACAUUUUAACCCGCAAAACAAAUGGCAGUUAGGUCCUAUUUAAUUUUCCCGUAAUAUAUUUGCUUCGUUGAUCGUCUUUUUAUUGAGUACAAAUUUGUGUUUUGUAUCAUUUUGUUCUAAGAAUGUUUCUGAAGUACUUCUACGAAGCUGAUUGAUGUACAAAGUAAUACACCCAACAAAAUCUAAGAAAAUAUUGUUCUGAAGUAUGUUGCUGUAAAAUAUUUGUAAAUAUAAAUGUAAAUACGGAGAAUCGUGCUAAUGUAUAUUUUCAAAUUUGUGAAUUGAUUCGAAAAUCGAUUGCUACGAAUUGUCUUCUUUCAACACAGUGAAUCCGUGCCUUGCAAGUGUUUGUUUUAUUGAACAAUUCCGUUUUCAAAAUUCUGAUUGGCAUUACAAAAGAAUUAUUAGCUCAUUUGCAAAACGGAUGAAUGGAAUAUACUCAAAGAAUGGUUUAUCUUUAAGUGUGAAUGCGAGUUGAAAAAAAUCUUUUGAAUGUCGAAGUAGUUUUUGGAAUAAUGAAAUCUCUUUUUUUAAUACAGCAAAAAUUCACUUGAUUUGUAAAUAUAUACUUUGUUUCUUAUAAGAAAAGGCUAAACUGGAAAAAAAAAUAAAUAACAUUUAAAUUUGCUGACAACAUAUUUCUGGAUAUGACUGCCUUUGGAUGCAAUAUUUUAAGAUGAAAGUUUCCCUUAUCCAGUACUAGGUAUGAUCCAUUAUUUUGAACAAAAAUUACCCCUACUCUUUGGUUAACGAAACCCGUGUGCAGUUUCCAAUAAAAAUGUACAUUUAAACAAUCAACUGUUAAAACAA